CGGCCAUAACCAACUUAACCGCAAUCACGUCAACCACACGUAUGUUUUUCAAUUACAAACACUUGACUUUUUACCAACUCACUUCACAGCAACGUAAUAACAUAAAAUGCAGUCCCUAUAAUAGUCCUUAGGAGAACAGUGCAACAAUACAAUCAUACAAUCAUGGUGUUCAAAAUCUUCAAACGGCACGUAGCGAUGAUAACGUAUCAAUAUUCCAAGAAAUUCAAAUAUGGAAAAUAUGGAACAUUAGUAGGAGCAGCAGUACUAGUAUCAUCAUCCUCACCUCAGAGACAUGAUUACAACUUCAUGGCACCCACAAUCACAUCCCGCCAACAUUUAAGAGCAAACAUUGAUGACAUGAAAACCAAAAUGGAAUUAAUGAUUAUGAGAGUGCAGGCAGAGUUCUGUAGGGCUUUAGAAAGCCAAGAAUUCAAUGGCAUUAAAUUUAAGGUAGACAGAUGGGAGAGGGCUGAAGGUGGAGGUGGCAUAACUUGUGUGUUGCAAGAUGGGGAGGUUUUUGAAAAGGCAGGCUGCAAUAUUUCUGUUGUUACUGGUCUAUUACCCAAAGCAGCAGCACAACAGAUGAAUUCCAGAGGUAAAGCAUUGCAAUCUGAUAAGUUGCCAUUCUUUGCUGCUGGUGUCAGCUCUGUUAUCCACCCAAGAAACCCACAUGUGCCAACAAUCCACUUCAAUUAUCGCUAUUUUGAAGUACAAGAUGGCAAAGAGAAAAGAUGGUGGUUUGGGGGUGGUACAGAUUUAACUCCGUAUUAUUUGGAUGAAGCUGAUGCGCAGCAUUUUCACGGUGUUUUGAAAACCGCUUGCGAUUUGCAUGAUAAAACAUAUUAUCAGAAGUUUAAGAAGUGGUGCGAUGAUUAUUUCAACAUUCCGCAUCGCGGUGAAAGGCGCGGAAUUGGCGGAAUAUUCUUUGAUGAUUUGGACACUCCGAGUCAAGAAGACGCGUUCAGGUUUGUCACAGGAUGCGCGGACGCUGUUAUACCAUCGUAUUUGCCAAUAGUAGAAAAGCACAAGAAUAAAAGUUAUACUAAUGCUGAGAGGGAGUGGCAAUUGUUAAGACGAGGCCGUUAUGUGGAGUUUAAUUUGAUUUAUGAUCGUGGAACAAAAUUCGGGUUGUAUACACCCGGUGCUAGAUAUGAGAGUAUUUUGAUGUCGCUGCCGUUAAAUGCGCGUUGGGAAUACAUGAACAAACCGUUCGAGAAUAGCAGAGAGAUGAAACUUACCGAAGUGCUUAAGAAUCCACGGGAUUGGGUAUAAACUUAUUACGUACGUAUUAUUCAUGUUAAAUCACGAUUUACAGAUGUAUCACUUGUUGGAUUUUGCAAUAUUGAUUGAAUAUAGAUUAUAAAUUGUUUCGAA